AUGAGGUAUCCGUGAUAUCGAUCUCCUUCCAAAUGGAGCCGUUACGCACCCAAAAAAACCGAUACACACGUCACCUUUGGUUACUGUAAACCACCCCGGCAACACCUCACUUUCCCACCUCAGAUCCAUCUCCCUAAAGAAUCAUAUUUAAUUCCCCAGCUUUCACUUAUUUUUCUGUUUCUGUUUUGUUUUGUUUUCUAGAAGGUUACAAAACCCUAUUUUCGGCUAUAUGUUUUGCAGUUAACACUACCACCAGUUGAGUGCAGUACCCAUCACUUGAGCUUCUCCACAACCACCACUAGCCAAGCCAGCCACCCUAUACUGGCGUAAAUAAAUUGAUCCAUUGAGAAAGAAAAGAAAUGCUUGUUUCGGUGUUUAUGGCUCUGCUUCUACCAAGCGUGGCCAUCAGCGCUGUUUUCGUAGUGUACAUCUGCCUGUUAUGGUAUGCUACGAAUAACCAGGAGCAGCCCGAGGUUCGGUUGCCGGUGAAGCAGGUUUCGCAAAAGGGGUUGUCAGCCUCUGAACUGGACAAGUUGCCUAAAAUCACAGGGAAAGAGCUGACGACGGAGAGGACGGAGUGCGCGGUGUGUCUUGAAGAGAUAGAGGGAGAGCAAGUGGCUCGGCUGGUUCCCGGUUGCAAUCACGCUUUCCAUCUGCUAUGCGCCGACACCUGGCUUUCUAAGCACUCCUUUUGUCCAGUUUGUAGGGCCAAACUCCAACUUCAUCAGGAUCUUCCUCAGUCCUCUGUCACUUGUUCUGAAAAUCCCUGCUAAUUAAUUAAGAUACAAGAAAAGGCGAAAAAAGGAUAUUAGAGAGAAGCAACUCUGUUUUCAUCAGAUCGUGGGUGAUGAAAUGUCCACUAAUGCACUAGGGUACUGUUGAAUAUGCUGUGAUAUUCAUCGCCUCGAAUACUUAAUUUGUUUAUUUGAUUGCUCCUGCUAGUGCUACUGCUACUGCUACUGUAUGUAUCAACUUAAUUAAUUAUUAAUAUUGUUUUUUAAUAUUAUUAAAAUUUUCUGA